AUGGUGACAUCUUUCCGCCCUCGGUUGCCGUCCAUCAAGGAUGACAGUGUUCUCAUGACGAUCCGUCCCGUCUCAAUAGUUGGUGGCUUGUAUCAUCAAUUCGCGGACUAUCGCUUCGAGAUGCUUCAGGACCGGCUCCGUGACACCAAUCGGUUCAUGUGGGACCAGAAAAGAGCAAGGCGCCAAUUCGACACGGCCAGUCUCAAAAUGUUCAUUCGCGAGCACAUCGAUUUUCUGGAGCAUAUGGACGAGGAGAUUGUUGAAGAUGACAAGGUCCAGACAGAUAUUUCGAUGACAUUCAUCCUCGCUCGGAGAGACUGA